AUGGUUCAAAAUGUCCAAAUCAUUAAUAAAUUUGUUUUUACAGGAUUUGAUGCUUUAGAAAAGGAGGUAGCUGUUGGUAUUGUCAAACUGACUGUAUACAUUCUCGUAAUGUUUGUUAACUUGGCAAACAUAUGCUUUGUUGUAAUUGCAGACAUGCUCUACUCUACAUGCUCAUGUCCAAUUACAAUAGGCAUUCUUAUUGUUGGAUAUAAAACCAUAUCUUAUGUACCAUGCAUAUUUCAGAUCUAUGGUUUUAGUGUAGGUUUUAUCAUGGAAUUUUGCUAUACCAUCAUGACUUUUCACAGAUUGCAUGUAAUUGCCAUAGUUAAGCCCUUGCACUAUCAUCAUUCAGUUCUGACAAAUGUACAUUCUAUUAUUCUUACUUUCUUGCUGUGAAUUCUGGGUUUUGCUGUAGCAGCAUAUAUGCCUGGUACAGUGGUUACUUUGCCAGUAUGCUUCUCAACUAUAAAGUAUGUGUUUUGUAAUUAUGCAGCUGUUGUCAGAACCACUUGUGCUAAUUUUAAGUUAAUAUCAAGUUUGUCCACUUUCCUGAUAUUUGGAACAUUUAGAUCCAUUUGUUUAUCUUAUCUUAAGAUAAUUAUUGUUGUUGUCAAAAUGAUCUCUUAAGGAAGUAAGAAAAAAAUGUUUCAUACUUGCUUAAGUUAUUUAAUCAAUUGCUAUUAAUGACCCACAUUUGUUCUAAUAAUCCUGACCAGACCUGGCGUAUCUUUAUUAGUUGUGGAACAAUAUAGUCUGAAAGUUGGCACAAUUCUUGGUCCUUCUUUAGUAAAUCCCUUUAUAUAUUAUUUAGGAAAGAAAGAGAUCAGAACUAAAAUAUUAAGAAAUGUGUCAAAAGUUAAACCAACAAAGUAA